AUGCUGCUUUGGUCCUUGCUUUUGGCGAAGCUAGGCUUCGUUUGUUCGAGUGCGCCGCACUUUGGCAUCCCCUGGCAGCAGCGGCAGACGCAUCCGGAUGGAUGGCAGGAGGCCCUGCUCCACCCCAGCAGUCUCCACGUCGCCCGCAGUGCGCUACGGCUGGGUGGUGUCCCAUGGCAGCGCGUCCGACAGCAGGCGCUCAAGGCGGAGAGAGCAGAGCUGGCAGCCGAGGCAGUCUUCUGGCAUUUAGGCGGGAAGCAGAGCAGCCCCGACCGACUUCUCAUAGAUGAAUGCAGCCUUUGUGCCGCCUACGGCGCCUUGCUCACCAAUCAGAUGUUGCGUUUGCACUGGCGCGAGGAAGAAUGUCCUGCUUCCUGGCGCGAGGACGGAGAUCGACGCUCCGAUGCGGUGUGUGGCAUGGAGAUCUACUGCAGUCGUCGCCACGAGGCCGCCCAGUGCAUUGAGGGUCCCAGCGGGGUUCUGUGCUUGGCCCGAAGGCCUCAGGCGUUGGCCUCGCGGCGCUGGUUGGCGUUGGCCGACCCGAGGUUGUUGAGCCCUUGGCGCCGGAAACUGAAGCCACGUUGGGGCAAAGUCUGGGACUAUGCGAAGAAGAUGAUGGAGGGUGAAGACUUCCCUCCAGUGUCCAUCGCAUGGCGCGAAGAGCUGGAGGAAUGGACCUGGAGAGAUGGGUGCCAUCGCUACUUUGCGUCUUUGGUGAGCGGCAGGUUCUUGCCGGUGUCCUUCAAGGAACCAAGAUUGCGGAUACGUUGA